AUGGCGGUUCCGUCUGUCGCAGCAGCUGAGAUGCUGCCUCGAUUCCUUCUUCCUCGUCUCAGCUGGGGCGCACCGCUCUCCGUAUCACGGGCGACUCGGCCAUUCGCCUCUAUCCCUUCUAGCGAUCAAAGGAGGUCGUUUGCAUCAAUCCAGGCUGGUCCUGUUCCUAGACGUCGCUCUCCUCAAGCCGAAAUUCCUAUUAUAAAACGAGCAUUUCAUGCGACAGCCAUCAGACAACGAGAUCACCACUUCGAUACACUCAAGUUUGUUAAGCGAUUACAGGGUGAAGGGUUUACUGAGGAGCAGUCGGCUGCUAUGAUGAAGGUGCUGAAUGAUGUUAUCGAAGAGAGGCGCGCUCUAUCUAUCCAAAAUCUCACCCGAACAAUGGUGCUCCGCGAAGACGCAGCAAAAGCGACGUAUACUCAAAAGGUCGACUUUGCUAAGCUGCGCUCCGAGCUUCUCUCCGCCGAUUCCACCGAAUCCAACACCACACGCACAGCACACGAACGAUUGACAAACGACAUUGCCAAGCUCAGCAACCGACUGCGCGACGAGAUCAGCCGUACACAAGCCAGCGUGCGCCUCGACCUUAACUUAGAGAAGGGCCGUAUUAGGGAGGAGGCUGUGGGCCAGGAGCUCAAGAUCAAGGAGACGGAGACAAAGAUUGAGCAGGAGGUUGCUGCGCUGAGGGAGAAGCUCGAGCAGGUCAAGUUCCAGACACUCCAGUGGCUUAUGGGUGUGUGCACCGGUUUUGCAGCGCUGUUGCUUGGUGCUUGGAGAUUGCUCAUGUAA